AUGAAUCACUCUCACGAUCUGCUGUGCGAGGAGUCGGAGUCUUCGAAAUCGAACCAACGGAAGAAGAAGACGAAAGAACAAAAGGAAACCCAACCCAGGCCUGCCCCCAAAGCAAAUACCGCAGUCAUGACAAUUCUACCAUCCUCCCCCAUGAGCAACGACGAAAAUACCGUGCGCGACAUUCGCAAACUGGUGAUCGACUGUUGUCGACAGAACGGUGGUGGCCAUGGAGGGUCAGCCAUUGGAAUGGCCCCCCUUGGGGUCGCUCUGUGGAAACACGAGCUGCGAUACAACCCCCGAAACCCCGACUGGUUUGACCGUGACCGAUUCGUUCUUUCCAAUGGCCAUGCGGCUAUCUUUCUAUAUACGAUGCUUCAUGUCAGCGGAUAUCUACACAUGACGCUCGACGAACUGAGAUUGUACGCCAGUGCAAAGGCAGUGGAUCCCAAGACCGGAAAAUGGCAGGAAACCAUCUGCCACGGACACCCUGAAAUUGAAAUUCCUGGUGUGGAAGUGACGACUGGCCCUCUUGGGCAAGGCAUCGCCAAUGCUGUCGGGCUGGCUAUUGCGUCAAAGAGCCUAGCGGGACAGUUCAACAGGCCAGGCCACGAGAUCAUCCAGUCACGCAUUUACUGUUCGACUGGAGAUGGAUGCCUACAGGAGGGUGUAGCGCACGAGGCCAUCGCCAUUGCCGGGCAUCUACAAUUGGACAAUCUGGUGCUCUGUUAUGAUAACAAUGAGGUCACUUGUGACGGCCCCCUUGACUGGAUUGUUUCAGAGAAAACCAAUGAAAAGAUGACCGCCUUGGGCUGGCACGUUAUCGACGUCUUCACUGGAGAUACCUCGGUCUCCGACAUCGUCGCGGCCUUGCAACUUGCCAAGUCUGGUGUCAAGAAACCGGUCUUUCUGAAUAUCCGCACCACAAUCGGUUACGGCACAUCAACAGCAGGCACUGCCAAAUCUCAUCAUGGCACCUAUUCGGAUGAAGAUGUUGAACUAUAUUCAUGGAGUAAGGACCAGUCGUCUCAUCGCCUUUCCGAUGCCGUGAGAGGAUACAUGAGUACCACCGUCACUGUAGGACAGCAACUGGAGGAUGACUGGCUUGCACGACUCGAGGCUUAUUGCGAUGCGUUUCCUCGGGAGGGAAAGUUGCUGCGUGACCGUAUCGCUGGACAGGUACAAGCAGCCCAAGCGCUCGAAGGCCUGGAGCUACCGGAAGAGCCUAAGCCAACACGGGAGUUGAAUGGCACAAUUUUCAACCAUGUGCUGGACCGCCUUCCCCAGGUCAUGGCCGGUGGUGCAGAUCUCUGGAACUCUAAUCAGCUGGGGGAUCAGUCUCACCGCAUCUUCGAUUGUAAGCAUCGUCAGGGGCAGGUCGUGCGCUACGGUAUCCGCGAACAUGCUAUGGCUGCAAUUUCGAACGGGCUUGCUGCUUAUGCUCCGCGAGCUUUUAUCCCUAUCACGGCCACCUUCUUUAUGUUUUAUCUUUAUGCCGCACCGGCCGUUCGUAUGGGUGCAUUGAGCCACCUUCCAGUCAUCCAUAUCGCAACACACGACAGCAUCGGUGAAGGUCAGAACGGACCAACCCAUCAACCAGUGGAAGUUGACUCACUCUAUCGCGCCAUGCCCAAUCUAUUAUACAUUCGCCCCUGUGACGCCCAGGAAGCUCUGGGGGCCUGGAAGGUUGCGCUUUCGUCGAAAACACGUCCGACAAUUAUUUCCCUUGCCCGAGACAAGCCAGAGCAUGUGGUUCCAAAUACAAGCCAGGAUAGUGUCUCGCGUGGUGGUUAUACAAUUGUGGAACGCGCAGAUGCUGACGUUACUCUGAUAUCUUGUGGCUCUGAGCUUCAGUUCACAGUCGCCGCCGCCGAUCAACUAACGCGAGAAGGCGUGUCGACUCGGGUUGUCAGCAUGCCAUGCAUGGAGCUCUUCGAGGAGCAAAGCUCUAGUUACAAGCUGUCGGUCCUGUCUGCCAGCCCGCACAUCAUUUCUGUCGAGGCGUACAUUUCGACGAUGUGGGCUCGUUACUGCACUGCCUCGGUUGCCAUGGAUUCUUUCGGAUAUUCUGGUCUUGGACGGGAAAACUUCAUCAGAUUUGGCCUCGAUCCUACAAGUAUCGUGCGUAAAUUGCAUUCGCAUGUUGUGGGAAGAAAAGCACACAGUGAUAGCUUCCUUCGUUGGGAGCUAUUGAAGUAG